AUCAUGGGCCUGUUACCCAGAAGCCCUUAUGUUGGCUUCAUCCUCCACCCAGAUACCGGGGGGAUCCUGAGAAGACUCCACUUUUAAGAAGAUGGCUCCAACUUUGGCUUUGUUGCUCCUCUGCCAAGUGGCUUUAUACACAACUGUAACAUCUAAAAAAGUUUGCGGCCGCCCAUCUAUCACUGAAGGGAUUGAUAAGGCGACCCUGAAACGUGUGUAUGAAGUUGGAGAAGAGGUGACCCUCACAUGUGAACAGGGGUACAUGCCUUCAGUGGCAAACCCUCAAAGGAUAACCUGCACGGCCACAGGAGAAUGGACACAGUCAAAUCUGGCAUGUUCCCCCAAAAUGUGCCCAAUCCCAAGACCUCUGCAGCCAUUAGCAAUGGGGAGGACAGAAGCUCCAUUCAGGAGUGUCCUUAACUUCACAUGUGACGAUGGGUAUGUCAUUCAAGGAGCCAAUCACAGCAGGUGUUUACAUGAUGGCACCUGGAGCAAUCCAGCACCUCUCUGCAAAGCUGUGAACUGUCGUCUGCCCAGCCCACCCAGAGAUGGAAGAAUUGUCCAUAAUAAGCCAAUUACUGGAUCCACCACCACGUAUGGGCAAAGCUGGACAUAUGAGUGUAACCCACCUAAAGCACCAAGUUAUGAGAGGGGAUCCUGCAUGGCCAAUGGAAGUGUAACUGAGCCACCGGUGUGCCGAGACGUGAGCUGCCCCAUUCCAGUAGGUAUACCAAAUGGCAUUAUCACCUUUGCUGUGAUGAGACAACAUGGCUACAAGGAGAAGGUUAAAUAUGCCUGCAAUGAGCACUAUGUUCUGGAAGGUGAGGCUGAGAUACAGUGCCAAAACACAGGAAACUGGUCUUCCAAGCCAGUUUGCAGAGCUCCCUGCACAGUUGGCAUCAAAAGAGGCCGUAUUUUCUACAAUGCCAAGAAGCUCUGGAUCGCAGACCUCAAACCCAACAGAGUCCUCCAUGGAGAACACGUUGUCUUCUAUUGUCUGAACAGAGCUGAGGAGUGUGGUUAUCCUGUGGCCAGCACCUGUAACAAUGGAACCCUCCCCAUUCCAGAGUGUUUUGAGGAACCAGGCAGGGUGGAGUACACCUUAAAGGCCAAAUCCCUUCCAUCUGAAAUCACAAUGUGUGCUGCUUCACCACCUGCAAGCCCCACAAGCCCCACAGCAAGAUCUGCAUAACUUUGAACAGAGCGACCUGAAACACUGUGUACACUGAUAGAAUUUGUGGAUCAUGGCAAAAAAGCAAAAAAGACCUAUAACAAAAUGCUGCAAGACAGAGGCCACCUUUGACUGCAGUAAAGAAGUGGUUCUAACUGUGAACAAAAUCAUGAAAAUUAGUUUUCAGUAAAGUGGUGUUCUGGGACCUGAGAGAGUCAGACACCUGAAGAACGCGUGUAGUCUCUUUCCAGUCAGCAGAAACACACACUUUAUGUAUGUACAUAAUAUACACACAUACAUGUACCCAGUGCCCAGGUUACAAUAAAAACUAUUCUGUGAUAACACAAA